GGGGGGCUUAUUGUUCCUCUCCGUGUUUGAGCUGAAAUUGUUUAAGAUCUAUCAAUUCAACAUUCAAAACAAGCAAACGCUGAAAUGGCUGGUGGAAAGGCAGGUAAAGACAGUGGAAAGGCCAAGGCUAAAGCGGUGUCACGCUCUCAGAGGGCAGGCCUCCAGUUCCCCGUCGGUCGUAUCCAUCGGCAUUUGAAAACCCGCACGACCAGCCAUGGGCGUGUGGGAGCCACCGCGGCCGUGUACAGCGCUGCCAUUCUCGAGUAUCUCACAGCUGAGGUGUUAGAGUUGGCAGGAAACGCCUCCAAAGACCUGAAGGUGAAACGUAUUACUCCGCGUCACUUACAGCUGGCCAUCCGCGGUGACGAAGAGCUCGACUCCCUCAUCAAAGCAACCAUUGCUGGUGGCGGUGUGAUACCCCACAUCCACAAGUCUCUGAUUGGCAAGAAGGGCCAGCAGAAGACAGCAUAAUCGCCAUGGUGACCUGGACUUGUGAACAUGCAUCGAGACUGUGACUAGACCAGCUCACAUUCAUUAUACUAUGGGUUUUUUUUUUGUUUUUGUUUUUUUGACUUUUUUUUUUUUUUUUGAGACUUUGUUUUUUUUAAAUUAAUGUCAAUGUUCUAUCUACGCAAGAUAUGUGAUUUGUUAGUUUUUUUGUGUUAUUGUUAUAUUUCUAAAAUUAGAUCGAUAAUGUUCCCCGAAAUUCUAUGUUUUAGAGUGACUUACAGGAAAUGUCCAGUUUGUCCCCUCCUCACUGAUGCCAGUGAAUUUGUUUGAUCGGCUAAGGGUUUCACAGAUGUUUUAUACUGAAAAAUGGAACCAAAAAAAACCUUUUUUUUACAAAACUAAAUCAUGCUUUGUAUUCAUUUCUGUGUGCAGUGUUUUGGAUGACCUCAUCAUGAACUAGAACAACCUGAACACAGGUCAGAAAAUGACAUAGUGUUGUGAUCUGGCAUAGGGCACCAGAGCAUUCCUGCAAUAAUUUUAAUAAGUCGUAUGCAUUGACUUGACUGUUAUUCAGAGAUACGGUGUCAAGGUGAAUCUAGUUAAGAAACUGUAUACACCAGAAGUUACA